CUCUACUCUCACUCGUUCAAGUCAGGUGAUCACUAACUUACACCUAAUACUACUGCUUUACUCUACAGUCACUCUCUAUUCUAUUCCCUACUCGAACCGUCUCGAGUCUCGAUUCGAAGCCCCCCAAGCCGAAGCCCCGACUUGAUAGCAGCACACUCGCUCACAUCCCUUCGAGCCUUGUACCGACUCCCCUCUUCCGGACUCUCUUCGGAUAGCCUGAGUCUGGGUUCGGAACGUGUACCGGAUUCUCGAAUUGACCUUCGUGUUGCUCUAUACUUGGGGUCAACUGUCGAUUCAGAACUGGUUAUUGUCUCGAAUCUACUACUACGAGGCACAGGCCACCACAGUCGACUCCCCCUCCAGCGGACCUUCUCCUGACGCCUUAUUGGGAGGUGUAGAGUACACAAUUCCCUUCACGGUUCGAGAAAAGUUGCACAGCUGCAUAGGAAUACAGUCGGUCAUAUCUGAAGGGUUAACGCACGAGAUAUUUUCCUCCGUGCAAGAAUAACAUGACCCUCUUGCCUUCCUGACCCCGUAGUCAUGCCAAUACAUUCUCACCUUGACGCGCUUUAUUGCUGUCCUUUUCUGAUCUUCCAAUUUCGCCUGUGACAGUGCUAUCCAUCACCCCGGUUGUGGAGAAGCCGACAUUCCACCUGCGUAGCCCGUCGUCACUUGGCUCGUUUUUGAUAUCCCGAGUACACAGGCAUUGGAACUUGGGACCAAAUUCUGAGACUGCCCGUCCAGAAGGCGAAAACCAACCGCUCGGCGGAGUGUCCAGUUCGGAUUAUGACGCCAGGAUGGGAGGAGGUUGCUGAUGAUCCAGUGUGCCAACAAGUGUGCUGCACAUUCCAAUUUUGAAGUCGGAUUCGAUGUUCAAACGGCACUCCGAACGACACUCCGACCGACACUCCGAACGACACUCCGAACGAGGUCCGAUAGGACUACGACAAGACAAUAGAAGGAAGCACAGACCCUAUACACAGAUUAGGAAGGGAGUUAGGAUAGAUAGUCCGAAAGUCCGAACUGCCUCCGAAGGUAUAGGGAGGAUUCGAGUACUGUGGAAUAGGGACCUCUUCUUCCACUGCUUUGCUUUCUCUGAUCUUUACCUUACACCUUACACCUUUAACCUACAGCCAAUCUUUACACACUCUCGCUCUAAUUCGACCAAUCCAAACUGUCGUUCGGACCUUCGAACGGCACUCCGAUGCUCGCGUCCUCUCCUCUCCAUAAUUCCUAGGUAGCCAUUCGACUCGGACCGCAUCUCCAAACGCGCGUGGGGACUUGGGAUUUCACCUCCGAAGAUUCGGAACUACCAGCCUCCCCUUCGGAACGAAUUUCGAUUAUUGCAAGAAGUAUAUCCACGGACUACUAUCUACUUGAUUUCAGAAAUUACUGUCGACUCCGCCUCCAGCGGACUUACUCCUGACGCCUCAUUGGGAGGUGUAGAGUACACAAGAUCAGCUUGGCAUACCGAAGUGAGGCGACAGCUGCGAGCUUGUGCUGUAGAGAGAUGGAAUCGGUUCAUGUGUUAAUGGGAUCGAGAGUUUGGGUGUUGGUAUUGUCCACAUUCGAUGUUCGAUGGGCGACAUAUAUAUAUAACUGCUAGUGCCCGCAUGUGGAGGGUCACAUACCUUCAUGAUCUCGUUCUCAGAGCGUCGCUGCGCUCCUUCGGGAUGUUUUCAGGACGUCUCCGUUCAAGAUCAGAGAAAAUGAGCGAUGGAUGGCACGAACUGAAGUUGCAGCUCGGAGUAUAAUGCCCAAUGGUCGGUCCAAGGACAGGCGUCUACUAAGGGCCAGCGGACAAGGACAAGUGGCUGGACCUUGUGAGGUGUGCUGCUUUCGUAACAUGGUCUCAGAGUAUGAGCACAAUAUGGGUUAUGUCAUGGAAUUUGUGACGCUAGUUGAGGGUAUGGAAAAGCUCAAUGAUGUUGGAACACGAAAAUGAA